AAUAUUAAACUAUAGUAAACUACAAGACUCAGGUUGUCUGGAAGAAUAAAACCCAUUUUUAAUCACUGAGCCUUCUUCCUUCAGCCCUCCAAAACUUUUUAAAAUUUAUUUAAUUUUAAUUUUAUAUACAUUAGUGUGAAGUUGUCAGAUCCCUUGGAACUGGCAUUUCAGACAGUUGUGAGCUGCAAUGUGGAUGCUGGGAAUUGAACCUGAGUCCUUUAGAAUAGCAGGUGGUGCUCUUAACCACUGAGCCAUCUCUGCAGCCCUCCUCCAAAACUUUUUUUUAGGGUUUCUAUGUGAAGCCCUGGCUGUCCUGGAACUUGCUCUGUAGACUAGGCUGGACUUGAACUCAGAGAUCCUCUUGCCUCUUCUUCCCAAGUGCUGGCAUUAAAGGUGUGAGUCACCACCAGCCAGGCUUGAAAGCAGGCUAGAAUCUGAAGUUUGAAGAGAGUGAAUUGGAGGUGAGCCUGGCUACAGAGUGAGAUACUGUUUAAAAAAACAAACAGACAAAUAAAAGGAAAAGGAAAAAAAUGCUUCCAAAUGUAUCAGAGUUGUUAAGCUUGGAGCCUAUUUUUUUUCCCCUCCUUCCUGGGUAAUCUAAAUUUUAAAGUCAUUAUGCAGAGUGUUUGUACUUACACUAUUGCCAUAAUACCCAUGGUAUACAUGAUAAUACCCCUUUGUACUUUUGUUCUUUUUUUGAUCAAGCUUAUAGAGGCUUAUAUGAUUUGCUAUUAUUAAAGGGCUAGUUAGUUACAAUAACCUUUUAGUUAUCUUGUUUUUAUCUUAGUGUUUAGCCAGUUAAAAUUCACUUUUCUUUACUUUUGCCUGAAGUUUAUUAAAUUGACCAUCCACCCUGCAUCCUAAAACAGUGGCAUCGAAGCCGAACGCUUUCCUGAGCUUUCCUCUGCACCUUUGUUUCAGGAUCACUGACCCUCAGUUCCUUUCUAGAUGUCCUGUGAUUAAGGUACUUGCCUGGCCUUUGAUCCUGAGGUUACUUGUGGCCAAGUUUCUCUUUAACUUAUCUUUUGAUACUCUGUUACGAUCUCUGCAUGUAUCCCAGAAGCUUCUCUGAGGGAACUUACUGAGGUUGACUUGAGUCCAAGUGUAUAGUUAAUUUUUAAAUUGUGUCCGUUUGGGUUUUGUUUUUUUCUUUUUUAAAUAGAGGCUUCAUUUUUGUAUUUAGUAAACCAGGCUUACUGGUUACAUUGUUUCCACGGCCUUGUCUGUUGUCAAAUGGAGAAGAAUGUUGAUGUCUCCUAAUUGUUUGAUUUCCACCUUUGGAGUGCUUUAAAAAAUGCUUUACGUUUAUUUGUUUUAUGUGUAUGUGUUUUUUUCUGCAUGUAUGCAUGCAUGCCUGGCAGCCAUGGCGGUACGGAAGACAGAGGAAGUGUGCCCAAGUGUGUGCGGGAAGCGAGCAUGCACCGAGAACAAUGAAUGCUGCCACCCGGAGUGCCUAGGCAGCUGCCAUACCCCUGACGACAACACAACUUGCGUGGCCUGCCGACACUACUACUACAAAGGCGUGUGCGUGCCUGCCUGCCCGCCUGGCACCUACCGGUUCGAGGGCUGGCGCUGUGUGGACCGUGAUUUCUGCGCCAACAUCCCCAACGCUGAGAGCAGUGACUCCGAUGGCUUCGUCAUCCAUGAUGGCGAAUGCAUGCAGGAGUGUCCCUCAGGAUUCAUCCGCAACAGCACCCAGAGCAUGUACUGUAUCCCCUGUGAAGGCCCCUGCCCCAAAGUCUGUGGCGACGAAGAAAAGAAAACAAAAACCAUUGAUUCAGUUACUUCCGCUCAGAUGCUCCAAGGAUGCACCAUCUUGAAGGGCAAUCUGCUUAUUAAUAUCCGACGAGGCAAUAACAUAGCCUCGGAACUGGAGAACUUCAUGGGGCUCAUUGAGGUGGUGACCGGCUACGUGAAGAUCCGCCAUUCCCACGCCUUGGUCUCCUUGUCCUUCCUGAAGAACCUUCGUCUGAUCUUAGGAGAGGAGCAGCUAGAAGGGAACUAUUCCUUCUAUGUCCUGGACAACCAGAACUUGCAGCAGCUGUGGGACUGGAACCACCGGAACCUGACCAUCAGGUCAGGCAAGAUGUACUUUGCUUUCAAUCCCAAGCUGUGUGUGUCUGAAAUUUACCGCAUGGAGGAAGUGACGGGAACAAAGGGACGCCAGAGCAAAGGAGAUAUAAACACCAGGAACAACGGAGAGCGAGCUUCCUGUGAGAGUGAUGUCCUCCGUUUCACCUCCACCACCACCUGGAAGAACCGCAUCAUCAUCACCUGGCACCGGUACCGGCCGCCAGACUACAGGGACCUCAUCAGCUUCACGGUGUACUACAAGGAGGCGCCUUUUAAAAAUGUUACCGAAUACGAUGGGCAGGAUGCCUGUGGCUCCAACAGCUGGAACAUGGUGGAUGUGGACCUACCUCCCAACAAGGAGGGGGAGCCUGGCAUUUUACUGCAUGGGCUGAAGCCCUGGACCCAGUAUGCCGUCUAUGUCAAGGCUGUGACCCUCACCAUGGUGGAAAACGACCACAUCCGUGGGGCCAAAAGUGAAAUCUUGUACAUUCGCACCAAUGCUUCAGUUCCCUCCAUUCCCCUGGACGUCCUGUCAGCAUCAAACUCUUCUUCCCAGCUGAUUGUGAAGUGGAACCCCCCAACUCUGCCCAAUGGGAACUUGAGUUAUUACAUUGUGAGGUGGCAGCGGCAGCCACAGGACGGCUACCUGUACCGGCACAACUACUGCUCCAAAGACAAAAUCCCCAUCAGAAAGUAUGCUGAUGGCACCAUUGAUGUGGAAGAGGUGACAGAGAACCCCAAGACAGAAGUGUGUGGUGGUGAAAAGGGGCCAUGCUGUGCUUGUCCUAAAACUGAAGCUGAGAAGCAGGCUGAGAAGGAGGAGGCAGAGUACCGGAAAGUCUUCGAGAAUUUCCUUCAUAACUCCAUCUUCGUGCCCAGACCUGAAAGGAGGCGGAGAGAUGUCAUGCAGGUGGCCAACACCACCAUGUCUAGCCGAAGCAGGAACACCACCAUGGCUGACACCUACAACAUGACAGACCCAGAAGAGUUCGAGACAGAAUACCCUUUCUUCGAGAGCAGGGUGGAUAACAAGGAGAGAACUGUCAUUUCCAACCUCCGGCCUUUCACUUUGUACCGCAUCGACAUCCACAGCUGCAACCAUGAGGCCGAGAAGCUGGGCUGCAGUGCCUCCAACUUUGUCUUUGCAAGAACCAUGCCGGCAGAAGGAGCCGAUGACAUUCCUGGACCAGUGACCUGGGAGCCAAGACCUGAAAAUUCCAUCUUCUUAAAGUGGCCCGAACCUGAGAACCCCAACGGCUUGAUUCUGAUGUACGAAAUAAAAUAUGGGGCGCAAGUGGAGGAUCAGCGGGAAUGUGUGUCCAGACAGGAGUACAGGAAGUACGGAGGGGCCAAGCUUAACCGGCUAAACCCUGGGAACUACACAGCCCGGAUUCAGGCUACCUCCCUCUCUGGGAAUGGGUCAUGGACAGAUCCCGUGUUCUUCUAUGUCCCAGCCAAAACGACGUAUGAGAAUUUCAUGCAUCUGAUCAUUGCUCUGCCAGUCGCCAUCCUGCUGAUCGUGGGGGGCCUGGUAAUCAUGCUGUAUGUCUUCCAUAGAAAGAGAAAUAACAACAGGUUGGGCAAUGGAGUGUUGUAUGCCUCUGUGAACCCUGAGUAUUUCAGCGCAGCUGAUGUGUACGUGCCUGAUGAGUGGGAGGUAGCUCGAGAGAAGAUCACCAUGAACCGGGAGCUUGGACAAGGGUCCUUUGGGAUGGUCUAUGAAGGAGUGGCCAAGGGCGUGGUCAAGGAUGAACCUGAAACCAGAGUAGCCAUCAAGACAGUGAACGAGGCUGCAAGUAUGCGGGAAAGAAUAGAGUUUCUCAACGAGGCCUCAGUGAUGAAGGAGUUCAACUGUCACCACGUGGUCCGGUUACUGGGCGUGGUGUCCCAAGGCCAGCCUACCCUGGUCAUCAUGGAACUAAUGACACGUGGCGAUCUCAAAAGUUAUCUCCGGUCUCUAAGGCCAGAAGUGGAGCAGAAUAAUCUAGUCCUAAUUCCUCCGAGUUUAAGCAAGAUGAUCCAGAUGGCUGGAGAAAUUGCAGAUGGCAUGGCCUACCUCAAUGCCAACAAGUUUGUCCACAGAGACCUUGCUGCUCGGAACUGCAUGGUAGCUGAAGAUUUCACAGUCAAAAUUGGAGAUUUCGGUAUGACACGAGACAUCUACGAGACAGACUACUACCGGAAAGGAGGGAAGGGCUUGCUGCCUGUGCGCUGGAUGUCUCCCGAGUCUCUCAAGGAUGGAGUCUUCACUACCCAUUCUGAUGUCUGGUCCUUUGGGGUCGUCCUCUGGGAGAUUGCCACGCUGGCUGAGCAGCCCUACCAGGGCUUGUCCAAUGAGCAAGUUCUACGUUUUGUCAUGGAGGGCGGUCUUCUGGACAAGCCGGACAACUGCCCCGACAUGCUGUUUGAACUUAUGCGCAUGUGCUGGCAGUACAACCCCAAGAUGCGGCCCUCGUUCCUGGAGAUCAUCGGCAGCAUCAAGGAUGAGAUGGAGCCCAGCUUUCAGGAGGUCUCCUUCUACUACAGCGAGGAGAACAAGCCUCCCGAGCCGGAGGAGCUGGAGCUAGAGCUGGAGCCGGAGAACAUGGAGAGUGUGCCGCUGGACCCUUCAGCCUCCUCAUCCUCCCUGCCUCUGCCUGAAAGACACUCAGGACACAAGGCCGAGAACGGCCCGGGCCCCGGAGUCCUGGUUCUCCGAGCCAGUUUCGAUGAAAGACAGCCUUACGCUCACAUGAAUGGGGGGCGCGCCAACGAGAGGGCCUUGCCUCUGCCCCAGUCUUCGACCUGCUGAUCCUCAGACGCUGCUGAAGCGUGUGCAAACAGUAACGUGUGCGCCCACAAGUGGGCGGGGGGAGCGCAGGUUGUAACAAUCUAUUCACAAGCCUCCUGUACCUCAGUGGAUCUUCAGAACUGCCAUUGCUGCCCGCGGGAGACGGCUUCUCUGCAGUAAACACACUUGGGCCCUUCCUGUUCUCAAUAUGCAAGCAGCUUUUUAUUUCCCUACCCAAACCCUUAACUGACAUGGGCCUCUGCAGACCUUAAUGACAACACUUAAUAGCAACAGGACACUCAAGAAUUGAGUUUCCUCACUCUCUGCCUUUCUCUCUCUUCUGCCUUCCCUCUCUCUCCUCUCCUUUUCCACUUCCACUCUCUCCUUUCUCUUUUCUUCUGCUUCACAAUUGAAAAAUAUUUCCGAAAGCCCAGCUGGGAAGCCUUUUUUUUCUUUCUUUCUUUCUUUCUUUCUUUCUUUUUUAAAUCAGAUUGACUUAAUGGCUGUCCCUGGGGCUCUUCAUCAGCCCAUACAUACUGACCUGACACCUUGGGUUUUUACAAAAAAAAAAAAAAAAAGGAAAAAAAUGCACACACUGAGAUGGAAAUUUUUUUUAACUGUAUCUUUAACCUUUUUAGGGUCAUCCAAAAUUUUAAAAGGGCCAUUGUUAAUCCAUGGUUAUCAUUUUCAUGCUGCCAAUUUUUGCCAAAAUCCUGUUUUGUUUUGUUUUUUCUUGUGCACACUCCCUGCGCUGAUUUCCUUUUGUCCAGAGGCGUGGGAUGAAACACGGCAUCUUGUUGAUAAUAUCACUGGAGAGACACAUUGGUGAUGCCUGUGUGUGCCCCGUGUGCUCCUAGCCCAUAUCCCCCCGGGUCUCCUUCUGUGAUGACUAGCUUACUGUUUCGGAGAACUGGACAAGAUGGAACUUGCCCUCCUUGAAGAAGGGCAAGUCUGAACCAGCUCUUCACCCUUACCCCACCCACAGCACCCCAAGAAUUCUGGAGGAAAUGGCUGUGAGCAAGCCUGAAGGUCAGGUUGUGGGUCAAGGUGGUCGGCAUACCACCACCCUCCCGUUGCCCCAGCUCCCCUCCUGCUCCCAUUCCCCCUUCCCCGAGGGACACAGAUGCGAAAGGGUUCCAGAGACUCAGCCCAGCUGUUGGUGCAGAUGAGCAAGGAAGGGGUUCAGACACGGAAGCAGCCCAGGCAGUGGAUCCAAGCAGUCUAAGCGUUGACACGGUCUCUGUUACUAGGACUUCCUCGUGGGUCUCUCAUGUCUGUGUUAGACCGUGAAACAUUUGCGUACACAUCGUCUUCAGUGUCACUUUUAUAACUUUUUUACGGUUCGGAUAUUCAUCUAUACGUCUGUACAGGAAAACAAAGCUGCUAUUAUUUUUGUUCUUUAUCUCUGUGGAUUUAAUCUAUGAAACUUUCAGGUCUACCCUUCUUCCUUUUUGCUUACUCCAAGAAACUUCUAUGCUUUGUACUAGAGUGUAACUCUUCUUCCUCCUCUCCAGCAACCGAUGCUUCUGGAUCAUAAUUUGCCAGGAACUGUUUGAUGCCUUUUUAUAAGUACAGCGCCCUUCCCCUGCCCCCUGAAGCCCAUUCAUUAUCUUCUAACCCAUAGGCUUUGUGAGCACACUGCUGGUAAGGGAGUGAGGAGGGCCAGAGGCCUGGACCCAGGUACUCCUGGGCCCCACUUUCUCCUUCCCACAACUCCCUGCACACAGCAUUGGCAUCUGUUACAGUGCAAGACAUGCCACAAACUCAGGUCAGAAACAAAAAGGUUAAAAAUCUCACACAUCUGGUUUAGUGUCUAGAUUUCUAGCCCCCACUGUUGAAAGUCACACCUUUGCUUUCCCUUUUUGUUUUGGUUGUGGCACCCAUACACACAUCUAUAUUUAAUUUUGGGACACAAUAGCAGUUUUAAACUGCAGAUAGCAUUUGGAUUAUUAUUUUUUAAUGGAUAUUUAAUCCUUCUAUCCCAUUUUUAAAACAACAGCAACCACAAAACAGCUGCUGAGUCCUCAGGGUUCAGCAGAGCAUGGCCCAGCGGCCCAUCUGUGGCCUUCUGCCAUCACCUUCACCACACCAACCUACCUGUCUUAGAACCAGAAUGUCUGAAGGGGCGGCCUCUGUGUGAGCAGGGCACAGGGUACUGACAGCCCAUAGCCAGGAACAGCAGCCUCAGUGUUCUGGAGCCCACUCCCAGAUCAGGAGGCCUGAGUGACAGGCAGAGCAGAGCUGACCCCGGGGUGGCCAUGGAGCCCUUUGCUGUUUCCUUAGCCGGAACCACAGACCUUUGGCCCUGGGGGUCCUGUUUUGUUUAGUUUUUAGCACUUCUUACCAGAGGGAUGACAGCAUGAGAGUUGCUUCUGGGAUGGAAAUAUUUAAAUGAUGAGUAAGAAAAAAGUUGGAAGAUAAUGAUUGCAGUUGUGACUGGAGAUUAAACACAGAAAAGAAAGCUUUUAGUUCUCUGGCUUGUCUGUAGUUUCAGGCUCACGGCUCUCACUAGCCUCUUCUCCGCACUGUUUCCCCUUAACAAACAAAGAGAAGAGAAGGAGGAAAAGGUUUAUUAAGGUAUUUCAUGUAGGAGUUUUAAUUUAUUUUGUGAUACCUGUUUUAAUCACUGUAGAGAAGCCCCGUUAUGAAUUUUAAAUACUGAGGAAAAGGUGUGUGCGCAUCUGUGUGUGUGUGUAUUAGAUGGGACAGUUUUUGGGUUGGGAGGGUAUUUUUUCAAACAUUUAUCUACCUCACUCUUGUUUUUCAUGUGUGUGUGUGUAUAUAUAUAAAACAAUACAUCUCACACUUCUCAGUACCUGACAAUAGGCCAAUGAUACUGGUAACCUCAUCCACACCACAGGCCACAUACCCAGAUGACGCAGAGGCGGGGUCAGGCUGGAUUCCUGGGGUCAAAGCAACACUAACUCAGUCUGCGUCCUUCCACUGUUCUCCAAGAGCUCACCUUCCCUGGGACAAGCUUCGGUUAUCUUUCUCCUCACGGGGUUCCCGCCAAGGUGUCCCUGCAUCCCUCCCAGCAUCCCCUCGGGCCCAGAGUUCGCCAGUGGAGCAGGGUCGCCUGCUACCCUCAGCUGGCAGACUUCGGGACAGAUCUUCAUGACUGACGUGGCCAAUGCACGUCAUCCGUAAGAGAGCAGGCACUCCCAGGUUUAAGGUUUGCGUGUGCACGUUAGGGUGCCCUGUUGGUCCCCGCGGCUGCUCCUCUGAGACCUGUGCUUCGGCAGGGUUAUGCCAGCAUUGCUGUCUUGGCAUUGGUUCCUCCUAGAGGUAUAGCAGUGUCAGCAGACAGAGAGCUCUCCCCUCACCCCUCCGCUUCUGACAGAAGGCCAGUACAAUAAAGGGAGGCAGGACAAAGCCUGCACCCCCUGCAGGCUGCUGUCCUUCCCUCCUCCUCCCCGCCUCCCCCCCCAGGGCUAAACAAGGACUGACCAAAUCUUGAGGCUGGAAGGCCAGUGGUUGGCAUUCUGCCUUCCCUGUGCUUUGCCUCUGUCCAUCCCAUCAUUCUGCUGCUCAUGGGGGUGGACAGUGCACUCCUCAAUUCCAGCAGCUGCUCUCACAGGCCCUGGGGACUCUCGCUGGGAAACGUGGUGGGUGAUAGUUCCCAGUGUGGAGAGCUGUCUGUACUGCGGGUAAGCUCAGGGGCCCCUUGCCUCCUGCCAGAACGCUGCCCUUCUCCGAGUUCCUAGAAGCUCACAGGGUUGCUGGGAGACACCGUUUGAUCAGGGUUUUCUUCUACACUGUAGGUGACCCCCUGGGAUAGUGGCCUCUCCUCUCCUUUGCACAUACCUGCCGGUUUCCACAACUGGAUUUCUACAGAUCAUUCAACUGAUUUUACGGGGUUUUUGGUUUGUUUGUUGGUUUUCUUUUUUCUUUUGAUUUUAUUUCUCAAAACUGUCCAAGUUGGUGUUCUUUUGUGUUACGUAGGUGAUUUUUUUUUCAAGUAGAGAGAGAACACUAACAGUGUAGCACUCAUCAUAACAAAUGCUCCAGAAACACUUCAGUGAAAUGACAGUAUGCUUAUAGUGAUGGUGCAGUCACUCUGCUGGACCACCUUGACUAUUGCAAGGCAUCACGAAUCCACAGUUCUAACCUAAUUUCAUGCUGAUUUUCCCACCUCUUCCUGAUUUUCCUCUCUAUAUGCUCCAAGUAAUCUUACCGAGCUGAGUUGUGGCCUUUUUCGUGCAACUCCCUUUCCUGACAGGAGCUCACACUGCUUGAGGUAACAUGAACCACUGAGGCACAGCAUUCAGGUGAUGUGAACAUUAAGGUGUCCUCCCACACAGCCUUCCUUGAGGCAGCAGGAGCUGAGUCACGGGGACACAGGCGAACCUGAGCUGCAUGAGGCCCGCACUACCCAAUCUCCUUUCAGGAAUGUCGUAACAUUUGACUCUUAGUUGGAAUGAGGCUUCCUCCUUGGGAGAUAGAAGACCGCCCAAGGCCAUCCGUGGCCUCUCCUUCCAGCCUGUUUCUUAUGACUCAGGACAAGUCAAUGGUAGGAAAAGCGGCUUCAUAAAAUAGAAAAGUGAUCACUGUGAAAAGAGCAGAGUGUUUGGUAUGCAGUCAUGUUUUUUGGGCGGGCUGACAGAUGGAUGAGCUCCGUGUGAUAUCAAGUUUUAAGCCAGUCUGAGCUCCUGGAGCCUCCUUAGCAACCCACCACUGUUGGUAGGGUCUGUACCUGAGGCAAGCAAGUGGUUGUGGCAAGGUCACACUGAGCUCAGGUGGGUGAGAAGUCUAGGAUUCUUACCCAAGGUCCUCUGCUGUUACCGUUGGGUCCUCUGAGAGAGGCCACACAGCGUUGAAGGCAUUGGCAUCCUGCAGGUGACCUUAGCACCCUAUCAGUAUGCUUCAGCCCAUUUUAACAGUAAUGAGUUUAUGGUUUGGGUUUUUUGGUUUGUUGUUUUUUAUUUUUUUUAAUGUUACUUUUGUGUUUGUCUGAUGUCUUUUCAUUUCCUGGGCUAAGCAGCGGCACGGGGAGACCUGGACCACUGAGAUCCACUCCUUAAGAACCAGUGAUGACGGUCAAACUUUCUCACUCCACUCUGAACUAGGUGGUGGUACAAAUGAGAGCUUCGAGACAGGAUGUCUGUUUAAAAUUGAACCUGUCUUGCCAGAGAUGCUGAAGAUCCAGACCUUGGAUAGGCCAGGGGUCUUCACUUGGGGCCUCCAACUUGGAUGACCAGUUGGUGAUUUAGAGAAACGAACAUUCCUUGACGGAAUGCCGGUCUGUAGGAAACCAUGGUAACUGGGAUCAUGGCAUGAAGAGCAUUGCUGACAGAAGGGUAAAGGGACCGUAAGAAGCAUGGACCGCAUUUGGACUUGAUGGUUUCUGAAGGUGUCAUGCCCACAUUCGAGGCUGUGACGUCAUUGUGGGCAUUUGGUUUCAGAUAAUAAACUCAGCAUCCUGCUCUGGAGACUUCUCACGGAGCUGAGUCACGUUGUUGAAGAACUCAGACUCCAUCGCGCUCACGAGUUGAGUAUCCGUCUGGGGCAUGACGUUAGGGAUUUAUUUUGUUUUGUUUCUGUGAGAACUUCAUAAUCACUGAUUUUUGUGUCCACAUUUGUGUCUGCAUCUUUCCAGUAAACAUUUUUUUUUCAAUUAGUCACUCAUUAUCGUUUCCAAUAGGGCUUCUAAGUCCAGUAGAUUACGGGUAGUCAGUUGACGAAGAUCUGGUUUACAAGAACUAAUUAAAUGUUUCAUUGCGUUUUUGUAAGAACAUAGAAUAAUUUUAUAAAAUGUUUGUAGUUUAUAAUUGCCGAAAUAAUUUAAAAACACCUUUUUUUUUUCUCUGUGUGUGCAAAUAUGUGUUUGUGGUCUUUUUCCUUUUUUCCUUUGUUUUUUUUUUUCUUUUUGACACUUGUUUACUAGCUAGCUUUACAAUAUGCCAAAAAUAAAGACUAAAAUUUAAAAAAAAAAACAAAAAAAUUAAAAAUAAAAAAAGUUAAAAAAAAAAAUAAAAGAAUUCUCCCCUCUCCCAGCCCCAAGCUGUGGUUCACCUUUCCCACACGCUUUGUGCUCUACUUUGUAAAAAAGAAAAAGAAAAAAAAAAAAGACAACAAAAAAGGAAUGACAGUGGUUUAAAAAGUGCUUCUGUGUUCUUCAGUAUCUUGGUCUUAGAACCCUUUGCUAGGGAAGGGAACGCUGUCUUACUGAUUGUUCCCUGUGGAGCAUGGCAGCCUAAACAGAUGGAGAGAACCAAGAACCUUGCUGGCCGUGGAAAUAGCAGCGUGUUCCCACCCAGCAACGUGGGCUGGCAUUCACCGGUGGCAUCUGGCUCCCGGGGCUGGUGUUUGUCCUAAUUCUGCAGUGCCAUAGAGCUGGGAGGGUCUCGCCACACAGAACGGCUCCACGGUGAUCGCACAAACAAUUGUGAGAUGCAGGCACCUGUGCCCCGGAUCCCAGUGAAAGCUGUGCCUGCUUGUAUUUUAGGCUGAAUGCUGAAGGGACACUUUUUACGACACAGAACAAAGUCGUAAGAAAAGCCACGACGUGUUGCCCCACACACAUGCGCCCCCGUUUUUUUAGAGUUAAAAUGUAUGUCCUUUGGCUGCCAGUGCAUUGUUGGCCAUGUCUCUACAGUUCCAGAAGAUAGCAUUGUUGAGGACAUCUGGACUUCCUGACGCUCCAGGAAGAAGUCCUAGGAACCAUUUCCGGGGUUGGGUUGGGUUGUGUUUGCAGUUUCUCAUGAAUGUUGGGCCUUGUGCAGACAUGUACAGAGAUGGACCAGAUGCUUGCCUGGUGACAUCACCUGUCUGCUUCCCAAGCCAGUGAGGUUGGGGUGAGAGUUUGGCCAGAGUUUGUCUACCUCUGGGAUUAAAGAAAAAAGAAAAGGUCAAAUCAGAAGGUGCGAUGGAAUAGAUGCAUCGCCAAUAAUGCAUUUCUGAGUUUUCUUGUUAAAACUUUUUCUUAAAAAAGAAAAAAAAAAGUUUAAAAAAGAUAAUAUGGCCAAUUUGUUACAUAAAAUAACUUUUCUGUGUAUAAAUUAUUCCUAAAAAAAAAAACCCUCUGUUUAUAUAAAAAUCAGUAGAUGAAAAAAAAAUUCAAUGUUUUUGUAUAUUCUGUUGUAAGAAUUUAUUCCUGUUACUGCGGCAUACUCGGGACUCUUUACAUUAUGAAAAAAGAAAACUUUGUCUAUUUUGAAUGGCUGAAGCUAAGGCCACUUGAGUUUCUAUUACUCCUGCUUUUUUCUAGUAGUUAAAGUACCACAUGGGUUAAGUUAAAUAAAAGAAUUCUGUAUGCA